AUGCGUUUGAGGGCCUGUCUACUGAUAGCAUUGACUGCAUUUUUGGUCAUCGGUAUCGAAGCUGCACGUGAUCGGAAGAAGAACAAGAAUCGCCAUCGCGGCAACGAAAAUACAGCAGAAGAAGACGAUGGAGUCGUAGAACUCUUUGAAAAAUUCAUCUCGGAAACGAUUUCAGCAACCAGCGGUGCAGCCGGUAGCUUUUUUGGAGAACGUGAUGAUGACCGACGCAAGGAGAAGGACAGAGUGGUGGAACGAUUAACUGAGAAAAAAGACAAAGAGAAGGAAGAAGAAAGCAGUGAGGAGAAGGACGACAAGGACAAGGAUAAGGAGAAGGACAAGGAAAAGAACUCUACACUUGGAGCAGAAAUCGAGAUACCAAAGGUCGUAUUUUUGAUCACAGCGUAUAUCUUUCUGAAGAAUGUUGUAAAUGUGGAGCAAAGGUUUUAA